UGUUGUGAAUUCAAAGCAAAAGACACACGGAAAAGAAUAACAACUUAUACUUCUUCUUGUUCUCUUUCUGCAUAUUCUUCGCAUCUCUUCUUCUUCUGCUUCUUCUUCUUCUUCUGCCCCCUCCUUUCACUCGUACUGACCUUUUAAACCACCGCAAUUCAAAUUCAAAGCAAUAAGCUUUCAAUAUAAGCCGAAGCUGAAUCUCAGAAAUGCUUCUAUUGUCGCUGUAACUAACUUGUUUGAGAGUUUUGGUUGCGACGUGGCGAGAUCUGAUUGGUUCGUUAAGUUUUUGAUCUGUUUGGUGGUUCAUACAAUUGGGAAAAGUGUUUUUCUUUGGUCUUGAUUCAAGUUGAGAUUUUUUGGUUUUUUUUUCUUGGGAACUGAUAAUAUUAUUCAAUUUUUUACAGAGUAUAACAAAUUCUUUGUGGGUGAAUCGAUGAAAAACGGGAUGAUCGAAUGCAGCGUCUGCCAUUCCAAAUUGGUUCCCCCCACCACCAAAUCCGUGUCGAGGGCUUACGAUCGCCACAAGAACAGGGCUUCAUCAAAGCAACGCGUUCUCAACGUCUUCCUUGUCGUGGGUGAUUGUGUGCUAGUUGGUCUACAGCCGAUUUUGGUGUAUAUGUCCAAGGUUGAUGGCCGUUUCAAGUUUAGCCCUAUUAGUGUGAACUUUUUGACCGAACUUGCGAAAGUUCUAUUCGCAAUUGUUAUGCUUUUGCUCCAGGCCAGGCAUCAAAAGGUUGGAGAAAAGCCCCUUCUCUCAAUGUCCACAUUUUUGCAGGCAGCUCGCAGCAAUGUUCUUCUUGCUGUUCCAGCCUUUUUAUAUGCAAUCAAUAACUAUCUAAAAUUCAUUAUGCAGCUAUAUUUCAAUCCUGCAACUGUAAAAAUGCUGAGCAAUCUGAAGGUGUUGGUAAUUGCAGUUUUAUUGAAGAUUAUAAUGAGACGCCGAUUUUCCAUAAUUCAGUGGGAAGCACUUGCCCUGUUGCUCAUUGGAAUUAGUGUAAACCAGUUGCGUUCGUUGCCUGAAGGGACAAGUGCUUUGGGCCUUCCAGUUGCAACUGGUGCAUACAUCUACACAUUGAUCUUUGUAACAGUUCCAUCUUUGGCCUCUGUUUACAAUGAAUAUGCUCUUAAGAGCCAAUAUGACACAAGCAUCUAUCUACAGAACUUAUUUUUAUAUGGGUAUGGUGCGAUAUUCAACUUUCUAGGUAUAUUGGUAACUGCCAUUAUCAAAGGUCCUGAUAGCUUUGAUAUCCUACAAGGACAUUCAAAAGCUACUAUGCUUCUAAUUUUUAACAAUGCAGCACAAGGAAUUUUGUCCUCUUUCUUCUUCAAAUAUGCAGAUACAAUCUUGAAGAAGUACUCUUCAACAGUUGCCACAAUCUUUACAGGCAUAGCAUCUGCAGCUUUGUUUGGUCAUAAAUUAACUAUGAACUUUAUGUUAGGAAUUUCUAUUGUGUUCAUCUCGAUGCAUCAGUUCUUUUCACCCCUUUCAAAAGUUAAAGAUGAACCUCAGAAUGGGAUUAUGGAAUUAAGAGAGGUUGAGGAGAACCACAGGUCCAAAGAUUCAUUUAUAAAUAUGACUGCUGGAGCUAAUGAAGAGGCUAGUCACCGUGUAGUAUCUGAUGAGAGACAGCCACUUCUUCCGACUUAGUGUUUUUGGGAGUUUUCUUUGAAGACAUUCUUUUGGCAGGACACAUUGGAUUAUGGUACAGGAGAUAAAAUCAGUUCUGAGAAUAAUCACUCAGUGGAAUAAUCAUUAGAAAUAUAUAAAAUUCUUUUUGCUUUUUUGAGAUCUCUUUUUCACUUCUUGGGACUGGAUGACAGAGAGCAAUGAGGGUUGUGGCCAUGGCGGCGGAGGUUUCAAAAGAGAAUACUGAAGAACUUGGUUCCAAGCUCUCCCAAAUUCCUCAUGCCCUGACAUAUAUGGUCCUGCCUGCCCUUAUUUGUAUUCUUUACCUUAGACCAGGAAUAGAAUUUUUGUCCUCAAUAUAUAAUUUUUUAACCUUAUAUUAUUUUUUCUUAUAGAAAAAAAAAUAUAAUUUUGGUUAUGUCCGAGACUAUUGUCUAAAAUAUGGAAAAUAUCUUUGUUUUCCUACCAAUUUUAUUGUGCUAUUUAAGUGUACCCUGUGAACACUUUUACAACAUUCCUUUGGUAGUAAUAAAUCUUACUUAUUCUAUUAAAUAAA